UCCAUCUAGACUAUAUCAUGUGAAAUGAAUGCGGGUCAUUUUUGACCCAUGUUGUGCAUCAAAGGGUUAAAAGUCAUAGAAAAGGUUUGCAAAAAAUGUAUGGGAAGUGAUGUGACUUAUUCUUCCAUAUGUCCCUGUGUGGUGGUUGUGUUGUCAGUUAAGGCUCAUCAGGACUGAUGGGUCGAAGCUGCCACUCUGGUCAGUACUGGGACGCUUUGCUUCAACAAUGUUUUGGCUGUCAUACGGUGUGUAAGCAUCAACCUGUGAUCUCCAGAUGCUCCAGUUACUGUGAGUCUGCAGCUUGUAAGGCACGCCCAGGCCACUACUUUGAUGUGCUGCUGAAGAGAUGUGUGAGGUGUGCUGAUGUUUGUGGCAGGCAUCCAGCAGACUGCUCCCAGCACUGCCAGAGGACACCUCCUGUGACCACCAAAAAGCUCCUGGUUCAAGUUACCUCACACAUGCAGAAUUCCGGAGGGAUCUCAGUGCCGACAGCCCUGGAAGACUCCACUAUCGUUCUCUACUCCUUAAUGGCCCUGUGCAUUGUGCUGCUGUUCUCUAGCUUGUCUCUAGCCAUGGCAGUCUUACUGAGGAUGGCAAGGGCCAAAAACUCCGACUCAGGACCCGAGGAGGCUGACCACAACAUGACGAAUUUGGUCCAGCCAGGCCAGGAAGUUGGCGGGCUGGGGCAGAAUGAUUUUCUAACAAAUUCCAACGGCACCACUGAUCGUGAGCCAUCACAUGACUCUAGCCCCACUGAGACCUGCAUAUGUGUCCACUGUUUCCCUGAUAUGAAAGCAAAGGACCAGGGCAAUGACAGGCCACAGAGAACACCUUCCUCCUUCUACCAGCAGCCUUUCCUCCAUAGGGCCCUGAUCCAAAAUGGAGGGCCUGUCUGGACUGAGGAAAACCUAUACAUAGCUGGACACGAGGUGCAAGAUACUGCAAUAGGACAAGGGUCAUUUGCUGUUGCACAGAAUAACUGGAACGGCCAAAUGUGUUCGUAGCUUAUAGAAGAUUGUCAGUUUAUAGGAUUUUGCAAUACAGCUAUCGGAGUGUGUUCAGAUUCUUAAACUGAAAAAUAAAAAGCUGUAAAAGGGGUACACGAUCAUCUACAACUUGCAUCAACCUCUCAGCAAGCAGCAACAGCAAGAAGUAGUAUUAAAAAAAGGGUCUUUAACCAGAGGGCAUCUUUCCUGCUGAAAUAUUUCAAAAGCUGCUGUCUGUUUGAUUCAUACUCACUGUGAAAAUCUCAUGUUUUACUCC